GGCAGCUCUCUCCGGUUCCACAGCUCUCUGGCUUUGGGCUCUUAGUGUUCGCAAUGUCUCGGUCCGGGGAGGAUCUUUGCGGAACCCUAUCAUACCGGACCGAGCCACAGAAGAGUCCCAGGCUUAGCCUCUUCCACCUCAAGCUGACAGAUUCAGCUCUCCGCUGCCUGCGGGAGUUCCAGAAAGGACAGGGUUCUGGAGCCUCCCUCUCUCAGCCGAUAAUCACCUUUCAAGGAAACCAAGGGUACAUCAAGAUCCCUUCUCCCGCACCUGGUUCUGAUGACAGACUUCGAAUUUUUGCCUUCUACCUAUCCAGGGAGAGUAAAGAUAAGCCCCAAUCAAGCUUCGAGUGCAUCCGCCAAGGAACGUCAUGGUCAGGAAAGAAACAGCUGAGUUGCAUUGGCAGCAUCCAAGACAAAAUCACCAUAUGUGCCACUGAUGAGUCCUAUCAAUUGACUCGGGACCGCAUGUCCCAGGUAGAGAAGGAAACAUGGAGCAGGACAGCCAUUGAGAUCAAACCUGGAGCCUCGCACCGAAGCAAAUGUGUUAAGAUCUCAAGUAAGAACAGUUUGGAGAUCACUAAGGAAGAUUCUCCUUGCAAUCGCCGUCCACCUGUGUUUUUAACUCCGGCAGCCAAGAAAUGUAGCCGAGUUGGUGAUGAACAAAGGCCACUUCAGGAAUGGCUAAUUCACAUUUUGGCCUUGAGGCCUCACCGACAACAGGACAUAAUUCUCCGGCUGGAGAAAUCUAACGCUGUUCCCAGAGAACAGACAGAGUUAUUGUCCACAUUGGAUAUGGUGGGUCGAUUUAACUCCAAAGAUGGGAGCUACAGUCUUAAAGAGGAGCUUUAUUACCAGGUACAGAAGGACUGGGUGGGAUAUACCCCAGAGGAAAAGCAGCAUAUUCUUUCAGGGAAGGAGCAACAGAUAUCCUCAUCACAGGCAUUUCAGGCAUCUCAAGCACUUUCUCAGAGAUUGCACCAGGAUCCCCCUUCUGGUUACACCAAUACCAGAAUCAAGCCUGACACUAAACGACCAGCACCUUCUGAAAGCAAAGAAAACGAAAGCUGUAAACGAGUAAAAGCCCCACAUUGUAUAGGUGAACAACAUCCUUCUAUGCCAUGCUCUGCUUACCGUAACUGCACAGAGACCAAUAAAAGUCAUAGUUCAACAUCUCAGAAGGAUUUUCAAAGUCACAAAAAACAGAAUAAAAGUGGAUUGUUAUCAGAAAACCAACAUCAACAGAUUGAGAAGGGACAAAAGUCACGUGACACCAAAGAGACUAAGAGGACUAAACACAAAGAAGCCCCACCCCAAGAACACAAAAGAGUGGACAGGAACAAAGAAAAGAAGGAACAAGACUCCAGUGAAGAAGAGGAAGAGGAGGAGGAUGACUGGGAAGAAGAGGCUCUUUUACUGGAAAAGUGCCUUUGUCACCCAGAAGAAAAGCAACAGCUCUCAGAACCAUCUCUGCACUCUGAAGAUGUCCCAGACUACUACAAGAAAUAUGCCAAAAUUACAUCUCAACAGCAACGUCAAAUGUAUGAGGAAGACUUUGCUUCAGAUUAUACAGAGUAUUUAGAACUCCAUGCAAAAAUUGGAAAAGUGCUGGAAAAAUUUGUUCAUCUAGGAACAAAAAUGAAAAAGUUUCAACAAGGAACAGUGGAGCACAAGGUGAUUGAAAACAGGAUUCUUUCAGAAUACAAGAAGUUUAAAAAGACCUAUCCAGGCUACAGAGAAGAGAAGAUCCGAUGCGAAUACUUGCACCACAAACUGUCACAUAUCAAGCACAUGAUCCUGGAAUAUGAACAAAACAUGCCAACGUAAUUGAUUGAGAAGCCUUUUGCACCAUAACACAGAAUCUCAACCCUAUUAAUACUUGGUGUUGGUAACAGGGUAUUUUUGUUCCUUGUUAAUAGGUGAAUUGAUGGCAGGACUUGUCUGUAAAACGUGCCAUAACAUACCAUGUAUACAUUUUCAGCAUAAAUGCCUUAUCUCGGAAAGCGUUUAAACCAAAGUCUUAUCAUGAUAUGUAAAUGUAAUAAGAAAAUGGUAACUAGAUAUUCCUAUUGCUAGUAUAAUGUAGGGCUUUUUCAUUAUUUAGCUUUGGCAACAAGUUAAAUGCUGUUAAAUAUGACCAUGUAUUUGUACGAUCCUUUCAUUGUCUGAUGUGAAAAUAAAUAUAUUGCCUCAUGUGAGGCCUAAUGCC